AUGGAUACCCAUAUUAAUCUGCUAACGAAACGAAAAAAUAAACAAGCGCCAAAAAAGUCGAAAAAGAAACCAUUGAAAGCUGGUCCUGAAUAUUCAAAGAAUGGAAUACCAUACGACUAUAUUGUUAUUAUUGAUGCAGGAUCAAAAGGGUCUAGAGUCCAUGUGUACAACUGGCUUAAUCCGGGUAUGGCAUUAGAGAAGAAGCUUGAUUUUAGUCACUCGAAACAAUUGAUAAAAAGGAGAGACAAAGUUGACGAAGGAGAGGAAUCAGAGUCAGAGGAUGACAGUGAUACCGAAGACGAGGAUUCCAAAGAAGGCAAACUACUGUAUCCCAGAGUCAAUACCAAGACAAGAUGGCAUAAGAAAAUCACCCCUGGAAUAUCAUCAUUCAACAAGGCACCUCAUAAAAUAGGUAAACAUCAUUUAUCAAAAUUGUUAUCGCGAGCCAGCAAAAUUGUCCCCAAAGCCCAACAUUAUCGUACACCAAUCUUUUUGCAUGCCACUGCUGGAAUGAGGUUGCUACUGCCCACUGAACAACAACAAAUAUUGAAUGAAAUUUGUUUAUAUUUUGAAAAUAAAUCAGAUUUUUUCAUUCCUGAUUGUGCAUCUCAUGUUAAUGUUAUUGACGGAGAUUACGAGGGGUUAUAUGGAUGGCUAUCGAUAAACUCGUUAAUUGGGGCAUUUGAUGAUCCGUCUUCACACCAGCAUGGAAAAAACCAUACUACGUAUGGAUUAUUGGAUAUGGGAGGAGCAUCAACCCAGGUUGUUUUCCAACCUAAUACUACUGAAAUCGAUGAACAUCAGAAUAACUUGUAUCAUCUUGAUUUGCGUCAAGUCCCUACAAUUGAUAGCAGCAGCGAGGAUUACAAAGUACCCCAACAAGUUGAAUAUAAUAUUUAUUCUGAUUCGUUUUUGGGAUUUGGAAUGUACCAAGCUAGAAGCAAAUAUAUGAAGUCACUUAUUGCUUCUGAUGACAAGGGCGACAAUUACCAUUAUUGGGGAUGGACCAAAUCGCCAAUAAAUGAUCCAUGUAUACCAAAGGGAUUCACAACAUCUGAUUAUGUCAACGAUCGUUCUUAUGACUUUAUUGGGGAAUCUGAUUUUGAGAAAUGUUUGACACAGAUUUUCCCCGUUUUACAAAAUUCUACUCAUGGAGGUGGAGGAUCAAAAGCUAAUUGUAAACAAUUCAACGAAGGUGAUGAAGUCAGCACGUGCUUAUUGAAUGAGCUUAUACCAUCGUUUGAUUUCGAUGUCAAUCAUUUCAUCGGUGUAAGUGGGUAUUGGGAUGCAAUUGAGGACUUGUUAUCGCAACAACAGGACGACAAAGGAAACCAAAAGUGGGACAAGCUGAAGGAUCAAAAGAAUACCUAUGAUUAUAAAAAGAUUUUCAACAAGACGCAAAAGGUUUGUUCUCAACCAUGGUCAAGUAUAUUGGAAUUGAAUUCACAAAAGGAGGCUAAGGAUCAACUAAGUGAAGAGGAAUUGUCAACAUUGUGCUUCAAAUCUUCAUGGAUUUUAAAUUUCCUUCAUUUGGGUCUUGGGUUUCCCAGGUUUGGCAUUGAUAAUGUCGCCAGCAGCAAUAAAGGGUUUGAAACCUUGCAAUUGGUUGAACAGUUGGGUGGCUCCUCAUUUUCGUGGGCGUUGGGACGAGCUGUGCUUUACGCCAACGAUGAGUACAUUCAAGCUUACAAUAACUAUACAAAACGGAUUGAAAAUGACGCAAAAUCGGAGUCCACAGCUCAGCUUAAACGACCAGGGUUUUUCCAUAGUUCAUCGCCUAAUAUUUAUCAAUUUGGCGCUGAGCAAAAUGGUAUAAUGUCAAGACCAAAAUACAUCAAAAUGGAUGCAAGUGCAUUACAUUAUUACGAUUAUGAGACUAAUGAAGAAACCGACCAUGAGUCGCCAUGGAUUAUUGAACCCCAUCGUUGGCAUGGCUUUAUAAUAUUUGCCGUGUUAUUAAGUUUUGUGGUGUGGUUAAUGUUGGGAGUUCGGAAACGAGCAUUAUUUGUGACAAAAGUGUCUAGUGGGGUGAAGAAGUUAAUCAAGAUGACUCCUGGGUAUAAUGAAGCAAAGUAUAGCAGUGUGCCUACAGGUGGUGGUGUCCGCAGUGGUGAUGGCAAUGCUGCAGAUAUGGAGUUAGGGUUGGAGUUGGAUGAAUUGGGUAAAGAUGUGGAUGACCAAUUCGAAAUUGGUGAUGACGGAGAAGAUGAAGAGGAGCAAGUUAGAGGAGCAAGUUAG